UACCAAGCAUAGCUCCUGACUCGCUCCUACCUCCUAAUUGACACUUCUAACUUCUAUGCAGCUCCAACAUUCUUCACUCGGCUCGCUUCUUCUUGCAAAAGCAGGCUCCAUAUCUCCAAAACACCAAGGUUCUCACACUUGAAAACCAUGGCAAACACCACAAUCGAAACCGACUUCCUAAUCGUCGGUGCCGGCCCCGCAGGAGCAUCGCUCGCCUGCUUCCUCGCCCGAUACAACUUGAACGGAAUACUCAUAUCGUCUGCGUCUGGGACAGCCUUUACUCCCCGCGCGCAUUUGACAAACAGCGCCGCGCUGGAAUGUCUUCGCGACCUGGAUCCCUCCAUGUACGAUGAGUGUCUCCGGCUCGGCAACGUAGGCAGCUCCAUGGCACAUUAUCGGUGGUGCGAGUCCAUGGUUGGGGAAGAAUAUGCGCGGAACCUCGCGUGGGGCAAUGGGCGAAAGACGGACUAUGACGCAGUGAGUCCGUGCGUGUAUAUGGAUUUGCCGCAGAGCUUGUUGGAGCCGGUGUUGCUCAAGCAUGCGACAGGGAAUGGCUGGGUGGUGAGGUUUAGCACGACUUUGACGACGUUUACAGAGCAGCCUGUUGAGGACGAGGGAGUCAAUGGGACUGCGAAGAAGAUAGUGGCUACUGUCGAGGACCAAGUCACUGGCCUUUCUUACGAUAUACGCACGCGGUACCUCUUCGGCGCAGAUGGUGGCCGCAGCACUGUGGCUAAACAGCUCGAGUUGCCAUUCACCUCGAUUCCAGGCGGCGGCUUCGCAUACAACGUCUUCCUUCGCGCUGAUCUUACAGACCUGAUGCAGCACUGCCAAGGCAACUUGCACAUCUGCCUAGGCCUCGACAAGGACACUCCCUUUAUAAGUGUAGCGAGGAUGGUCAAGCCGUGGACAGAGUGGAUGUUUAUAUUCAUGCCCAAGGGACCUGAAGUGCCGAUCCCCAAGAGCCAUGAAGAGUGGGUCGAGAUUGCACGUGACGUGAUUGGCGACGCGAGCAUCAACGUCAAGGUACUAGAUGUCUCUGGUUGGGCAGUUAAUGAGACGAGCGCGGAUGUAAUCUCCAAGGGGAAUGUGUUUUGCCUCGGCGACGCCAUACACAGGCACCCCCCUACAUUGGGUUUGGGUUCCAACACUUGCAUACAGGACGCCUUCAAUCUUGCGUGGAAGAUAGCUCUGGUGCAUCAAGGCCGCGCAAGCGCCGCCCUGCUAGACACCUAUAACACUGAGCGCCAGCCUGUGGCAGCGCACCUCGUCACAGAGUCAAACAACAUCUUGCGCUUGGACAUGGGUCUCUUUGCAGCCCUGGGCAUGCAUCCGUACGGAACGAAUGAAGAAGACCGCGUAAAGGCAAAGCAGAUCAUGGCCUCCAGCACCAAAGAAGGUCGUGAGAAGCGGGAGGCACUGAGCAAGGCUUUGAAGAGCUUGCACCGUGAACAUCAUGCCCUGGGCACCGCCUAUGGGCAAUUGUACAAGUCCCCAGCCGUGGCCAGCGACGAUGAAAUUGCACCUUUCCAACCAGGGCCGCGCGAAGCUCAGAACCCGUUCGAGUACUACGACCCAUGUACGUACCCUGGCCGCCGCCUCCCACACGUCCUACUCGGGCCUGGGUCCCGUUUCCCCGGCCCACAGACGUCGACGCUGGACAUUGCUGGCAAAGGACAAUUCACGCUGUUUACCGGCAUUGGGGGCGAGAAGUGGAAGGAUGCUGCUUCGGCCGUGCAGAGCAAACUUGGCGUGAGGGUCAAAGUAGUGAGUAUCGGCAUUGGACUGGAGUGGGCUGACAUCUAUCGUGACUGGGAGGAGAAGCGAGGUGUCGAGGAAGAUGGCUGUGUGCUUGUGCGGCCGGAUUACUUUGUUGCGUGGAGGGCACAGGAGAGUGGAGAUGAGGUUGGUCGGUUGGUCAAGGUGAUGGGCAGCUUUCUGGGGCGCGCUGAGUCCAAGUCGGCGACGUCGAACGGAGCAGAGAAUUGGACCCUAGUCGUGAACUCGGCCAAUGGCGCGGAGUAGUAGACACUGCUGAUGCGGAGAAGCUGGGGUGGAGAGCUUAGCACAUGGGGGCGGCUUGGAUGAAGUGGUAUAUGCGUCAAAAGAUGUGACAAUGAGAUCUGCAUAACUUCGACAUUGUUGUCUUUCGUAGGGACUACACAACUUCCCUGUGUUGUACUGAGACCUAGCAGUCCACUGUUGAGUGAAGGAGCAGCCAGGACUGUGGCUAUGACACCAUGUUACUAGUAGGCCGUGGUCAUCCUAUGUGGGCAUGUCGACGGUAGUACUUGAUGGAGGUAAUCAGAU